AUGCCUCCUAGGCCAGACACCAUCACCGUCCAUACCUCGCUCCUCUUCGACCCUCAACGCAAAUGCUGGCUCCCCAAUGUCUCUAUCCAAGUCAACCCUCAAACCGGCGCCAUUGUCCGCCUCCAUCACCGCAACAAUGCCGACUUCCUUUCCCCCCUUGACCCAAACGACAUUGACCUCCGCGGCAAAUUCGUGCUCCCGGGCUUCGUCGACUCUCACACCCACAUCUUUCUACAUUCGGACAAAGAACGCCCCCACUCGCAGCAAAUGCGCGAUCAAUCCCCGGUCGAGCGCACUGUCCGCGCGACCAACCACGCCCGAGCUGCGCUGCUGGCGGGGUACACGACCUACCGCGACCUGGGCACCGAGGCGCUGGGCAACGCGGAUGCCAACUUCCGGGAUUGUAUCAACAGGGGCAUCAUCCCGGGUCCCCGCAUGUUUGUCGCCACCGACGCUCUGGCGAGCAGUGGCGGGUAUGAGAUCCGGACGGAGAACAAGCUCGCCAGCGGGUCGAACCUGGGGUUGAGCGUGCCGCGGGCUGCGGAUACCGCGGACGGCGUGGUGGGAGUGAGGGCUGCCGUGAGGCGGCGGGUCGGGGAGGGGGCGGAUGUGAUCAAGUUCUACGGGGAUUACAGGAGGCGGACGAUGAGGUUCCCUCCUGACGUGCCUGGGCCCGGCGGGAGGAUAUUGUUCCCGCCGGAGAGGAGGAACCCGGCCGUGUUGCUGUUCACGCAGGAGGAGAUGGAUGCGAUCGUCGCGGAGGCGAGGAUGGCACGUGUGCCGGUUGCUGCGCAUACGGGUGAGACCAGGACAGCACUGAUGGCCGCGCGGGCCGGGGUCACGAGCGUGGAGCAUGUCUUCGAGGAUUCGGAGGGUGUCAUGGAGGAGAUGUUCGAGGAGAUGACGCGGCAAGGGACCAUCUGGGUGCCUACGCUGAUGACGGCCGAGGCGUAUUACGCGGGGCAGGACAUAUUCCGCUGGUGCAAAAUGGCAGUGAAAAGGGCGUUUGAUCGGGGCGUGAGGCUAGCUGCGGGCGGUGACACAGGGGUGGCCAACCAUGGGUUGAACGUCAGGGAGAUGGAGAUCAUGCUCGAAGCGGGGAUCCCGGUGGAAGACGUCCUGGUGGCAGGCACGCUCACCGGGUGGCACGCUUGCGGCGGGGAUGCCUGUGGCUUCAGGUUCGGAUGGUGGGACGAGGGCAAUCGGGCGGACAUCAUCGCACUGGACGCGGACCCACGCAAAGACGAGAGAGCGUUGCGACAGGUCAGCUUUGUGAUGAAGGAUGGCCGGGUGUGGAAGCGUAACGGGCUGCCGGUGGACAUGAUCGCCGCGACGCAGUGGCCGGAAGACGACGGCAACACCAGCGAGGACUCCUCGGAUCCGACGGACUUCGUGCCCGAGUUUACAGUCGAAGCAUGCUGCCCUGGCAAGUCUGUUUGA